AAUACCACCCAACAGUGGACUGCACUGAAAUUGUAAAGGGAGGAAAUACAAAGCAGCAUCACAGUUCUUCAACUGUUAAUACAAUAAUGGGAGAGGAAAAGCCAACCAAAGGAGCCCCCUACGUACACCAGCUUCCACACAGUGCAGUGUGGGGACACAGAGAUGAAUGGUGAAUGGAAGCUGUAACUUGUGAGUCUUUCAGCACUUCAUCUGUUACAAGGUCCAGCACAGCCAUGGAUAUUCUUUGUGAAGAAAAUACUUCUCUGAGCUCAACUCCGAACUCCUUAAUGCAGUUAGAUGAUGACAGAAGGCUCUACAAUGCCUUUAACUCAGGAGAAGCGAAUAUGUCUGAUGUAUUUAACUGGACAAUAAACUCUGAAAAUCGAACCAACCUUUCCUGUGAAGGGUGCCUCUCCUCAACAUGUUUCUCCUUACUUCAUCUCCAGGAAAAAAACUGGUCUGCUUUAUUGACAGCUGUAGUGAUUAUUCUAACCAUUGCUGGAAACAUACUCGUCAUCAUGGCAGUGUCCCUAGAGAAAAAGCUGCAGAACGCCACCAACUAUUUCCUGAUGUCCCUUGCCAUAGCUGAUAUGCUGCUGGGUUUCCUGGUCAUGCCUGUGUCCAUGUUAACCAUCCUCUAUGGGUACCGGUGGCCUCUGCCUAGCAAGCUCUGUGCAGUCUGGAUUUACCUGGACGUGCUCUUCUCCACGGCCUCCAUCAUGCACCUCUGUGCCAUCUCGCUGGACCGCUAUGUUGCCAUCCAGAACCCCAUCCACCACAGCCGCUUCAACUCCAGAACUAAGGCAUUUCUGAAGAUCAUUGCUGUGUGGACCAUAUCCGUAGGUAUAUCCAUGCCCAUCCCAGUCUUUGGGCUGCAGGAUGAUUCCAAGGUCUUUAAAGAGGGGAGUUGCCUACUCGCUGAUGAUAACUUUGUCCUGAUCGGUUCUUUUGUGUCAUUUUUCAUUCCCUUAACCAUCAUGGUGAUCACCUACUUUCUGACUAUCAAGUCACUUCAGAAAGAAGCUACUCUGUGUGUUAGCGAUCCUGGCACAAGGGCCAAAUUAUCUUCUUUCAGCUUCUUGCCUCAGAGUUCCCUGUCCUCAGAGAAACUCUUCCAAAGGUCAAUCCACAGGGAGCCCGGGUCCUAUGCCGGCAGGAGGACUAUGCAGUCCAUCAACAAUGAGCAGAAAGCUUGCAAGGUGCUGGGCAUCGUCUUCUUUCUGUUUGUGGUCAUGUGGUGCCCGUUCUUCAUCACGAACAUCAUGGCUGUCAUCUGUAAAGAGUCCUGUAACGAAGAUGUCAUCGGAGCCCUGCUCAACGUGUUUGUUUGGAUCGGGUACCUCUCCUCAGCAGUCAAUCCCCUCGUCUACACACUGUUCAAUAAAACAUACAGGUCGGCCUUUUCACGGUAUAUUCAGUGUCAGUACAAGGAAAACAAAAAACCUUUGCAGUUAAUCUUAGUGAACACUAUACCGGCUUUGGCUUACAAGUCUAGUCAACUCCAAAUGGGACAAAAAAAGAAUUCUAAGAAAGAUGCCAAGACCACAGAUAACGACUGCUCUAUGGUAUCUCUAGGAAAACAACAUCCCGAAGAUAUUUGUACAGACAAUAGCCACACGAUGAAUGAAAAGGUUAGCUGUGUGUGAUGGACUGGUUGCCAUGGCAACUGUGGAGCGCACGCUGAACUAGAUUUCAUCUAUCUAGGGGGAGAAAAAAUAAGGAGACUAGAAAAACUUAGGCUGCUCUAACAGAACUGAAAAUAAUGUCUGCGUGGUUCAAUGUAUUCCAUCAGUGAAAAGCAGGAUUAAAUGCCACAAAACAUGCACUUCAAAAAUGUUCUGACCACAUUUCAGCUGUGAGCUUUAUGAUAUUUUUAACAUUCUAAAUUACGUCUUUAAAAUAAUUAGCUUUUAUUCUAUAAUUAUAAUGAGGCCCUAAAUAAAUCUAAUCUAACUUCUAUUAUCAAAUGGAAAUCUUGCCAUUCCUGCUGAUGGCAUGGGAUUCUGUUGUAUACCUAAUGCUGUAAAUAAAAAUAACUGUAAAUAAUGAAAAUUUUGUUUAAUAUAGUGACCUCUUAAAUAAAGACCAAUGCUUUUUAAAAUCUGCCAGGACAUAUAUUUUGAAAGAAAAAAAAAAGGCACUUAAAGACAGUGCUAUGAAAUCUGUAUCGCUAAUAUAAUCGAAUAAAAUAUUUGACAGCGCUUUUCGUUCCUGCUUUUCCAUAGAUGCCAUUUUUAAAUAUUUACAAGAUUGCUAGCAGUUGCUGCUUUUCAAAUUAAUUGUCAGGGGGCUGGGGAUUUAGCUCAGCGGUACAGCGCCUGCCGAGCAAGCGCCAGGUUG